AGUUUUAACCAGUCCUCCGGACAAUUCAGAACCCCUGUUGUAGAUGAAUAUUUAUCAUUACGAAAGGGUAAAUUGUUACAUGACAAAGAAUUACAAAACAGCAUGUACCAAACAGCAUGGAUGAACAGUGCGUCCUUAUUUUGAAUACAUAUAGAGAGAGACACACAGAGACAAAGGCCAGGAAGAUUUUGCACUGAGGCGGUAACAUGGACACUCCGGGGGGGUAGGAUUAUGAGCUUUGAGACUUUUUUCCCUUUUGCUAAUCUAUACUUUCUAACUAGUUUACGGCGACGUGUUUUUGUAAAAAAGGAAGGAGAAGGGGAAAACACAAUAACUUACAUUUAAAUUUUUUAAAAAGUCAAGUGGGGCGGGUGGCGGGCGAGGUGCGCGGGAGGCGACCGCCUCCACCGUGGAAGCUGGGGGGCCUGAGUGGCGCUGGCGGGUCGCCAGCCGGCCGCGGCCGCGAGAAGGGAGAGGGGAAAGGGCCGGCGACACUGGGGUGGGGGGUCUGCAACUCCUCUGAGGUCUGGGAAAGCUUACCGCGACUUAAAUAAAGAGUGCAGAAGAGAUUUAGGGCGGACUCAGGAGGAGUGGAACUGCCCAGAGUACCAAAUCCCGGAAUGGGCGCCUUGGGGAGAUGUUUUCCGGCUGGAACAGACCAAGGCUGCCGGGAGGGUGUCGAGCUUCGCCGACCGAGGGCGGACCGGCCCUGAUCUCCGGGCCGCUUCCAGCCCCGGGACACCGGGAGCGCAGCGCCGGAGGCUGCAUUCCUGUCCCCCCGGGCUGCGGCGGGGCCCGUCGCGGGGGGAGGGGAAGGAGGAGGGAGAGGGGGCGGCGCCGUUGCUAGGGGAGGGGCGGCAGGGCGGGCGCGGAGCUCAGUCGGUGCCGCGACGCGCGCUCCGCUCUGCGGCUCCAGCUUCCGCGAAGCCUGUUGCUCGCUUCUGGGGGCCGCCGCUUCCCGCCAGGUGCCCAGGGGCCGGCGGCCCGAGGGGUGCCGCGCGCGGACAGCCCCCCGCCCUCUUCCCUUCCCCCUGCACAGGUGGACCCGAGCGUUUGCAAGAGCGCGGACGCCAGCAAGUCUCCUGGAGCGCCCGCGACCGCGCGCCAAGACCCCCGGUGCGCAGCGGCGAUGAACACGACCUUCUUGAACCACAGUGGCCUGGAAGCGGCAGGUGGCUUGGGCGGCGGUGGAGAAGCCGCCCUGGGGAACCGCAGCCACGGGCUGGGCACGUGGCUGGGCUGUUGCCCCGGGGGCGCGCCGCUGUCCACCAGCGACGGAGUCGCGGCGGGGCUGGAGCCGGACGAGCGCAGCCUGUGGGUGUCGCGCGUGGCGCAGAUCGCCGUGCUCUGCGUGCUGUCGCUAACCGUGGUCUUUGGCGUUUUCUUCCUGGGCUGCAACCUGCUCAUCAAGUCCGAGAGCAUGAUUAACUUUCUGAUGCAGGAGCGCCGGCCCUCCAAGGACGUGGGCGCUGCCAUCCUCGGGCUGUACUGAGCACCGCCUCGUCCCGCCCUCGCCUGAGUUGCUGGAAGAAGACGGAGAAGGAAGCUCAGGACCCUAGUUCCCCCUCCCCAAGCUCUGCCACCGCCUCGGGCAGCGCCUGGCGGGCAGCGCAAGGGGGCAUGGCCUUUCUUGGGGCACCUGGGUCUGGGACACUGCGGGACUCCAGGCGGCGGAUCGGAAAGGGACUUCCACACCCGGCUGGGUCCUGAUUGCGCUUCAGCCUUGGGGGAUGGGAGGGUAAAGGAUGGGGGUUCCUAAAUGUUUCUUUGAAAGGAAGUUCGAGGCAGUGGAGGGAGAGGUUGUGGGAUGCAGCUUGGGGCUGAGGUCACCUGCGUGGGAAUUUUGUGUGUGUGUGGGUGGGGUGGAAUGGAGUGGGGCGAGUUACGAGCAGCGUGGGGGUGGGGGAGAGUUGUUGACGAAUCCGAGUCGCUGAGCUUGUUGGCCUGAUUUCUCAUUUGGAAAGAAAUCUUGUAAUAAAACUGCAGCCGUCGGGCUUCGUGCUUCCGGCGGUUUCUACCCGC